CGAGAAAAGCUCCAGCCGCGUAAGCUCCCCGCCGAUGAAUUUUGAAGCUCGGCGAGAAAGAGAGAGAGAGAGAGAGAGAGAGAGAGUAGAGCGGCGCGCGCUACCCGCAUCAUGGGAAAUCGGCAGCGGCGGGAACGCAGCAUCGCGUUCGAACGUCGCGUGCCAGCCUGCACCGCGGCUCGGUGAACGACGGACUGACACGGGCAGUCGGGGUGACGGACGCGCGGCGGCGCGCUCGGGCCGCUGCCUUGGUUACCUCGGCCAACACAACAGCGUCGGCGGCAGCGGCGAGCACGCAGCCCAUGUGUCGAUAGCAGGGGCAGUCGGCCAGGGGACAACGCCCGGACAAGGCCGACGGAGGCGCAGCGAGGAUCGACUGGCUGGGCGUGCGCGCGCGAUGCUGCUCCUCGUGACCCUGGCGAUCGGCAGCUGCUGCCUGGUGCUGGGGGGCCUGGCGAUCGACUGCUUUCACUGCGUGUCCGUGGGCGGCGACAACCGGGACUGCGACGACCCGUUCCACAACAACGGCAGCCUGGGCUUCCUGCAGUCGCCGUGCCUGGGCGGGCGCAAGGGCCGCGACGGCCUGUUCCCCGCCACCGCCUGCGUCAAGAUCGCCGGCGUCUACUACGACAGCGGCGUCUCGCUGACGGUGCGCAGCUGUGCCCUGGACAGCGGCACCCUCACCACCGACUCCGAGCUCAUACGCAUGUCUCACUGCGGGGGAUUCUACUACGAGAACCGGUACCUGAAGGGAUGCGUGCAGUCGUGCAGCGACGCCGACGCCUGCAAUCGCUCCGAGCGCCAGCUCGGCCGCUCGCACCGCCUACUGGUUGUCGCCGCCGCCGCCGCCGCCACCACCGCCGCCACCACCGCCGCCACUGCAACUUGGCUCGCCUGAUCCGGGACUAGGACAUCCUAGUCGGAGCGCACGGCCAGCGAUUAUAGGCACGUCGACGAUAUGAGCUUUGUAACGAGCCGACACAGGCCAUUGCUAAAGUCGCACCGCACUGAUGCAACCACUCUUUUCCCGCGAUGAAUUAUUGACGCAGACGAACGACCGCCGGCGAUCGAUCGCGCUUCAAACCUGAACGUAACGUCCCGUUGCGGGCUCGACCGAACGGAAAGUAAACGACGAUCGCGCCCCCCGCCCCUAACCAACGAAGCGCCCGCUACCGCGGUAGGUGCAAUUUUUCCGAGUCUCCGGUGCGCCGUUGUACGAUUCACGUGCUGAAAUGUCGCGCCGACGCUUCUCCCUGCGGCAGUUGGUCGCCGUCGACGAAUUCGAGCAACAGUGUCAGCCGCAGGACUCGGACGGGCGUGAGGUGCGCUGCCGUUCGCCGCUCUACGCCCCGUUCGCGAUAAACGACAUUUAAUGCCGCACGCACCGCGCAGACCUCGACGGCCUUCGCUCGGCUGCGCGGCCGCGCGUCGGGCUGGCUCAGCGCCCAACUCGGCCGGAUGCUCGUCGCCGACGACAAAGCCCACGAGCCCUACACAGUCUGGUCCAGCCUCGUGUCCUUUGUUUUCGGCCUGCUGCUCGUCAAGAUUUACGGCGACGCCUUCGACAGCGUGAGUAUUUCGGGACCCCGUCGUGGCUACUCCCCCGACCCGCUGAGUUAAGCAACGGCAAUCGGCGCGCAGGCGAUCGGCAGCUACUACGAGCGUCUGAGAAGCGGCUUCGGUACCUUUUGCGGACUUGUCGCCAGAGUGAACGCUAAGGAUAUCGAGACAGUGGCGGCACUGUGCGUGCUCCUACUACUUUGGAUCGGGGCCCUUAGAAUUCUCGCCAAUGUCGUUCGACAACUCGUCCAACUUGUCAGACUCCGCUAGUUCGCGGCUCGCGAGUGAAUCGUUCGUCUCUUGAAUAUCAUUGAAUCGAACUCGAGCUUUCGAGCCUCUCUGGGUCAGUCGAUUAGAGCUCUCGAGCAGCAACUGAGGUAUUUAGACCGAAUUUUAAAAGCUUCUUUCAUUGUUCGCCUAUUCAAGCUCUACACUCUGUUUGAUUUCUCCAAGUCGUUUCCCCCUUUGUACA